CACUUGAUUAUUUAUUUUCUUAUAGAGGAUGUAAUGUAAUACAUGUUACGUUACGUGAAUGAAACCAACAUAUAAUAAUAAUUGUGACAAAGUACUAUAUUGUUGUUACUUAUGACAUAAAAGAGUUGAAAGAUGGCAGUGCAACUGCGACUGCAAACGAAGUUUGGAGCAUGGAACAGAAAUUGCAUAGGUGUAACACGAUGUUCGAGUGAUAGAGAAGAAAAAUUGAAAGUUAAAGAAGCAGUAGUGUGGUCUCCUGCUGAGGAAUUGGCCAAGAAAUUUGAGCGGCGGCUUCUUGUGGGAAUAGGUUCAGCUUCACUUGUAGCUUUAGGUGCAAAUUUUGGUGGCAUCACUAGUUUUUUUCUUGGUUUGUCACCACAGAAUGGUCGUAAACUGAAGCUGGAUGUGCUUUAUCCCAUAGGAGGCUACACACGUUACAUUGACACAAGAGAGGGGUUCGAAUUUAUAUACCCGGUGAAUUGGGUUGGAGAUCAGACACUCCUGUAUCGAGCUGCUAAAAGAAGAGAAAUGGAACUAUCAUUGGAUCCUCCUCCGCUGAAUUUACGGCCACGUUCUAAUGUCAAUGAACCAGUUGUCGCAUUUGGUCCCCCGGGUUCCAAUGGUGAACUCAAUGUCAGUGUUAUUGUUUCCCCCGUUGCUCUAGACUUCUCGAUUGAAGCAUUUGGAAGCCCUGAGGAGGUGGGGGAAGCUGUAAUUCGGACCAUAACAGGAUCGGGGCAACGGCCAGAUGUGAAGGGAACAUUGGUAAAAUCAAGUUUGAGAGAGGAUACUGUUCGAAAUGCCAAAUACUACGAGCUGGAAUUCAGAGUUGAGAGUCCUUCGUUUAGGCGACACAAUGUUUGUGUCUGUUGUGCUCGUGGUGGGAGGCUCUUCACGUUAAAUGCUCAGGCACCUGAAUCAACCUGGCCAGGAGUGAAGCCAGAUUUCUACACAAUUGCAGAUUCAUUCAAUCUCACAACUUAGUGAUUCAGUUGAAGCUUUUAUGGAAAAUAACAGUGGGUGGAGGUGGAUCUCCAAGAGACUGGGGCUAGGACCUGGGAGUACAAAUAAAAUUUAUAUCCAGUAGGUCGAACUUGUAACUUUUAUUUUGUUUGCAAAGCUAAGGUUUUGAUUUGCUUGGCUACAUAGGUUCCCAAAAACUAAUGCAGUUUCGGUUGUUUUUUAUCUGAAAGGUGCCUGGCUGAUGCCAAUUCUGAGCCCCAAACAUUUCUUAAUUUAAGUAAAAGGUCAGAAAUAAUUUUGUGA